GGGUUUAAACUUUAGUAGACAGUAGUGUGUAAGCUCUGUGCCGGACAACCGUCCACUACUAGAGUCCGAACUAAACUUAUAUUAUUUCAGGAGUAAGGAGGGAGUAAACAAGCGAUAAAAGGAUGAAAUAAUUCAACAUCAAUCAAGUUAAAAAGUAGUUUACUUCGUUAGUGGAUCCAGUGAUUUCAUUUUUAAAACAAUUCCAUGUUUCUAAUGUUUGAAAAGGAGUAGAUACUAGAUAUGCAUCCAAUGAACGAGGUUUAAAGUGAUAAACUGUGCACUGAAGUUGAGCAAGUAAAUAUAAAAUGGAUCCAGUUGGACUAAUUCUUCUUCAGAUAUUUGGAGCAGCUUUUAUUAUUGGAGGUAUUCUGUUCUGGUUGCUCCGCAGUUUACUCUGUCAAGCUCAGCAUGAAGUAGGAUCUAAGGUUGUUCUUGUGACGGGCUGUGAUACAGGAAUAGGUCAUGAACUGGCAAAACAUCUGGAUAUUCUAGGUUUCCAGGUGUUCGCUGGUUGCUUAGAUACAGCUAGCGAGGGGGCUCAACGCCUUAGAGUUGAAGCUAGUAAUCGACUCAAGCUAGUUAAUAUGGAUGUUAGACGGGAUGAUCAUGUAGAUGCUGCCGUACACUUUAUCCAGGAAAAUCUAGUUUCUGAAGAAGAAGGGUUGUAUGCAAUAGUGAACAAUGCUGGUGUUUGUGUUUGUGGAGAAUUUGAUUGGCAAACUUGGCCCCAGAUAUAUUCACAGAUAGAGGGUAGAAUAAUAAAUGUAUCCAGUGUUGCUGGAUUGCAUGGAUAUCCAGGGUUAUCAGUGUACUGCGCCACUAAGCAUGCACUUGAAGGAUUAUCUCAGGUUCUUCGGAUGGAGCUUAACAAGUUCGGAGUUAACGUAGUUACAGUACAGCCUGGAGAUUUUAGUAAGGCUACUCAUUUGUUGAACAGCCAUCACCGGAACAUGAACGAGAUGUGGGGAGAGAUGUCAGAACAGAGUAGAGAAGAAUAUAAACAGUUUUUUAUUGCUUAUCAUGAUGGAAUAUCCAGGUAA